AUGUCUUCCCCACCUCUCUCUAAACGAUCAGAACAUUUCUCUGUGAGUCCUGCUUUUGUUCAAGCAAUGGGGAAAGUAUUCAGCAACGUAUUUCACAAGGAAAACAAUCCAAAUGGAAUUAUUAAUUUAGCAGUUGCUGAGAAUGUUCUUGUUUCCGAAUGGCUCUGCAAGACAUUUCAUGAAAUUGCAAUUCAACAUCCUCUGGAGCCUUCGAACUUAAACUAUACCAACUUUUGCGGAGCUAAUGAAUUUAGAAUUGAAUUGGUGAAUAGACUUUUCAAAAAGUAUAUUUUCAAGAGAGGAAUCCAUUCGGAGAAGCAAGAUGACCCUUUCGAGAAGGAAUUUUUCAAUAUCAAUAAUUAUUUUGUUUGCAAUGGUGCAGGCGAUGUGUUAGAAAUGUUGGGCGCCUCAUUGUGUGACCCAGGCGAGUAUAUCAUGAUUCCAGCUCCUCUCUACUUGGGUUUUCAAAACGAUUUCAACAAGAGAUUUCAUGGUCAUGUGCUUCCCAUUCAAAUGCCCUACAAUCCUGAAACCAAGUCUUUUGAAUUGACUGUUGAGAUGGUCCGAGAAGUGUUUGAGAAGGAAAGUAAAACAAAAAACAUUAGAGCAUUCCUAUUGUGCAACCCCAAUAAUCCAACUGGAGACAUGUUUAAUGAAAAUAUUAUAAGAGACUUGAUUGAUUUUUGUAAGGAAAAGUCCAUUCACUUUAUCAGCGAUGAAUUGUAUGCCUUAUCUGUCUUUGGAGAGGGUGAGCCGUUUGUGAGUGCAACAAAUGUCAUGCGAGAAGAUGAUAAGAAUUAUGUUCAUAUUGUGUAUUCCUUUUCAAAAGAUUUGUGUUUGAAUGGUUUUAGAAUGGGAAUUCUCUUCACCAUGAAUGAGCAGCUUAAAAAAGUGUUCGACACGUGCAGUUACUUCACUGGAGUUUCUUCGCACUCUCAGCAUUUAAUGACACACUUCUUGAGGAGUCAAGACAAACUCUCUCAAUUCCUCGAAUUGAAUCGAAAAACACUUGGCGAACAAUAUGCAUUUGUUUCUAACUUUUUAAGAGAACGAAAUAUUGAAUAUGUUGAAACGAGAGCAGGUCUUUUCAUUUGGUUUAAUGUGGAAAGAUUAAUGAAACAAUACGUGUUUAGAAAGGGUCUCAUGAAAACUCCUUCUCUCCAAGAUGCACUCACACAGGAAGAAGAGUAUCAGGUGUGGCUUGACGUUAUUGAUCAUGCACUUGUGAAUAUUUCUCCUGCUCAAUUCUAUAUGACAAAUUUGACAGGUUGGGUUCGUGUGUGUUUUUCUGCUCAAAAGAUUGACAUACUCACCUUGGCUUUGGAGAGAUUUUUCAACUUGAUGAAUAAUUAA